AUGCGAAGCAUAGAGCAGAUUUUAUCAGGAAAAGACAGAAUACAGACGCGGGUGGUUUAUGAUCUGACAAACUCUUUGAUGCUUGCAAGAAAAGCAAGAAUUUGUCAAGGUGGAAAUUUAAAAUUGAAGUCUCACCGAGAAAUAAUUUUUGCAAUAAAAACGGAACAUGAUAAGCUUGUGGGUCCCAGUGAUAUUACCCCAUCUGGGUUGUUAACAGCUGAAGGUGAAGGACUAAAGUUUUUUGAUGAACAGUCCUUGCUGACCUUCAUCAAUCUCUCUGGAUCAUGGUCCAGUGGACUCGACAUAUAUGAGUUGUUUCAUUAUGACAAUCUAAGUCUCGUAAAGUUCUAUGCGCAGGUAUCAAGCCUGUUUCCAAAGGAAAGGGCAUUCCCAUUAUUGAGAGCUAGUAUUGAAGUUUCAAACUUGCUAGAGGAAAUAUUCCACGAAUCACAGUUUAUUCUCCCUCAGAACCUAGCGGAUGGAACAGCCAUCACGCUUAUUGGAACAAGGUAUAUCAAAAGUAAGAAUAAGGCUGCAAAAGAGCUGCCGACAGCCCCAGAACGGGAUAUCGAUGUCUUUAAAGGCAAAUUUAUGAAUUUAUAUAUGAACCGACGGGCCUUGCAUUUUUGGGGUGUAGUCACUUUUAUGCGAAUGUGGAAGACAUCUUCAGCAUGUAUAGAAGAUAUCAAAAUUAUUAGCACUUUAGUCAAAUGUGUAUUUCAUCGCAUACUCGAAGGGGCCGGAACAGAACCCGAGAUCGAGGAUAUUAUUUGCCGCAUAAAUGCGAUCACAUAUCAAGAGGCAAGAGAAUACCAAAUGUGGAGUUUGCAAAACGAAUUGAAUGCCCAAUGGAAGAAGGACACUAUUGUAUUACAGAAUAAGUAUGUGACUGAAUCUCAGGGAUUUGUACGUGAAAAGUAUAUUCAUCUACUAUUGAGUGGAGAUGUGUUUAUGGUGUGCGAUCCUACAACGGUCCAAUAUUCUGACUCGGUCGAAGAUUUUUCUUCAACUAAUCUUAAAUAUUUAGUUGCCAUAUCUCCAGAUAAAAGUACACUUCGCUACAAAUAUUUGGAUGAUGAAAAGGAAGUUUCAGUCAACAGUAUUGAUCUUUCGACUAUAGAGUCGGUGGAUGUACAACAACUAGCCAUGCCUUCUUAUAACGACCAUCCUCAGAACAAUUUUAACACCAUUAAAUUGACAGGAAAUGUGAGCUAUGCUAAGAUCACUAUCAUGGGAAAAGCACAGAGGCCACUUUUGACUUUUUAUUCUGACACCUUAAAAAAAGCUCAUGUAUGGAGAGAUGGAAUUAUGAUGGCUAAAGAUCGUGAUUAUCAGUCUGACUCCUCUCACAAGCAUGCUGAGAUGCUUGCUGAGAGAAAACUCCUGUUACAAGUCUUAAACUUGGGGCCAAAUGAUACCCACUUUAGUUUUGAAAGUGAGCCAGAUAUUCAAUCAAUAUCUACGAACUUUUACUAUCAAUAA